AUCUCACCAAAUAUUUAGAGUCAUGUUGCAAACAGCAUGAGCUCCACUUGUGGCAUCCCUUUAACUCGGAACUUGGGUCGAAGAGUUCUAGUGCAAUCUAUUACUUCUUCUAUUCCUAUAUAUAGCAUCCAGACCGUCUUUUUACCCAAGGAAACUUGUGCUGCCAUUGAUAGUUUCAACCGCAAAUUCUUAUGGGGUUCAGAACUAAAUCAACGUAAAUCUCAUCUAGUCAGCUGGAAUGAUCUUUGCUUACCUCACAGACAGGGUGGGCUAGGAUUACGUCCUGCACUUGAACAUAACAGAGUUUUGAUAGCUAAACUGGGUUGGCAACUUCUUACGGGCCAGAACAAGCCUUGGUGUCAAGCCCUCUCACAAAAGUAUUUACAUAGAGAGACAUUUAUAGACUGUCAGGUCAACUCCUCCUCCUUUAUCACUUGGAGAAGCAUUUUAAAAUGUAGAGAUGUGUUGCAACUAGGUUCUAGAUGGUGGGUGGGUUCAGGUUCAUGCAUCAACUUCUGGUAUGAUAUUUGGAUUGGUUCCCAGCAACUCUUGGACUCUGCAGUAUCUCCUAUACCUCCUGAAUUGGCUGACUUAUCAAUCUCACACUUCAUCACAGGGGAUAAGCGAUGGAACCUUAGUUCGCUUGUGGGUUUGCUCCCUCAACAUAUACUAGAUUCAAUUGCUGCAAUUCAUCUUCCUAUAAUGAAUCAAUUCGAUGAUGAAAGGUUCUGGCAUGCCUCCAAAAAUGGUGACUAUACAGUUAGCUCUGCUUUCUCUAUUAUUCAAUCUCAGCGCUUGGCUCAAGCUAGAGACCAGAAUAACCAACUUGUUCCUAAGGAUCUUGCAUCAUAUGAUCAAGUUGAAAAAAAGAAACUGCAGAUUAAUGCUCAAGCUAAAAAUGCAUUAUUUUGUGCUUUACAUCCUAGUGAAUAUGAUAGAAUUAGUGCAUGUGAUUCUGCUAAGGAAAUGUGGGAUAAAUUACAAGUGGCUCAUGAAGGAACUAAUGAAGUCAAGAAAUCAAAAAUUAACAUGUUGGUUCAAAAAUAUGAGCUGUUCAAAACGAAAUCAGAUGAAGACAUUAAAGACAUGUUUACUCGUUUUACCAAAAUCACUAAUGAAUUAAAGCUUUUUGAUAGGGUGCUUCCGGAGGAAGAUAAGGUCAGAAAAAUUCUUCGCUCCUUGCCAAAAUCCUGGAGUUCAAUCAAGACGACAAUAGAAGAAGCUCACGAUUUAAGUGCCAUGACUGUUGAGAUGCUGCAAGGGAAGCUUAUGACACAUGAAAUGGCCAUGAAAAAUGAUGAAAGUGAUGAUGAUUCUCGGAAGAAGAAAUCUGUAGCUUUCAAAAGCUCCUCCAAAGAUGAAAGUGACAGUGAUGAAGAGGAUGAUGAAGAAUUUAUAGUGCUUGCUCAAAAGUUUAAGAGUUUCCUAAGGAAAGACAAGCUGAAGAAUCAAGGACAACACAAGAAAAAUUACAAAAGCAGUAAAGGAAAGGGAGAAAGCAGUAAAAAGAAUGAAAUUAUUUGCUACAAAUGCAAGAAGGCUGGACAUAUUAAAUCUGAGUGUCCAAACAAUGAUGAAAAAAGUCUAAAAGCCAAAAAGAAAAAGAAGGCAAUGGUUGCCACAUGGAGCUGCAGUGAGGACUCAUUUUCUAGUAAAGAAGUAAGUGACAUGGAAGCUCAUAUUUGUCUCAUGGCAAGUGAUGACGCAGAUGAGGGCUUGAGUGAGUUGAGAUUCACUUGUAAGGGUUUAAUCUUGCACCCACAAGCAAGAGUUUGUUCCAGUUUAAUCUUGCACCCGCUCUCUCAUGCCUUGGACACUUUUAUUGCCUUGAACUCUUCUGUGUUGACAGUUGCUCGUACAGCAAGAUGGGUGGGGUGGCAACCUCCGAAUCAACCUUUUUUGAAGUUAAAUACAGAUGGCUCUAGGAACCAUCAAUCUGGAUGUGCGAGUGCAGGAGGACUGAUCCGUGAUCACUUGGGUCGUUGGGUCCAUGGUUUCACGGUCAAUAUUGGUGUUAUUUCCAGCUUUAUUACUGGGCUUUGGAGCCGCCGUGAGGGAUUAAAGCUUGCUCACUCUUUACACUUGCAGUAUCUCAUACUUGAGAUGGACUCAUUAAUGGCCAUUCAAUUAAUUCAAGCUCGUCAAGUAGAGAGGGGACCUUAUUCUAUCCUACUUCCUGAAAUCUUGGUCUUAAUUGAUGCUUUCAGUACCUGUAUCGUUCGUCAUACACUUCGCGAAGGGAAUUGUGCUGCUGAUUUUAUGGCUUCCUUGGGCCACAAAUCCCUUUUGGGUACUACCUUUUAUCAGACUCCACCUGCUGGGAUCAGUAUGCUUAUGCAUGGAGACGCUAUUGGGACCAUGUUUCUUAAAUCUUAGACUCUUAUUU